UGAAUUGUUGACACUGCUUGCACAAGAAGCCAUUGUUCAGGCAGAGCACGAAGAAUUACUCUCAAUGAACCACGAUCUCAUGCGCAAACUCCAAGCUGAGAGAGCAGAAAUUAUGAGAUUGCUAAGUCAGCUCACUGCUGUCACAAAAGCCAAUUCUACAAUUCAGGAAGAAAAUGUCACCCUCACCAGACGCAUCCAAGAGGAGCGCGAGGCAGUGGUGCGGCUCAGGGUCCAGCUGCAGCAGGCACACAAGUCUGUCCCUCACCAUCCUCCAGUUCCCCCUGUCUGCUAGCGGGGAACACAUCCUUGCUGAGAGAAACUGAAAACCCACCUAAAGAUACACUAAGAUUCCAACAAGCUCAUUGGUAGAGC